ACGACUAUAAAGUUUGUCAAUCGUGAGCGCGCUAUUCUUACAGAGCAUCACGGUCACAGUACGCCACUACGCUCGAAGCUCUGCUUCUUUUCUUCUUGAGUUCUAUAGGGUUCGCCGGCCAUGGGGAACCGUCAUGGCAUAAUGAGGCCGCGGCGGCUGAAGAUGGCGAGAGCGACGGGGGAGAAGCUGGGGUCGUACGAGGCGGCGUGCAGCGCGGACCCGGAGCUGCGGAGCUUCGACGCGGCGCUGCGUCGGCGCGCGAGCCUCGCCGUCUCCGCCGCGGCGUCCGGGGUGGAGGUCCGGUCCAUGUCCCUGGGCUCCCUCCGGGAGGUCACCGGCUGCCUGGUGGAGAUGAACCAGGAGGUGGUCCGCGUCGUGCUCGCCAGCAAGCACGACGUGUGGGGGUGCCCCGAGCUGUUCGCGCUCGUGGAGGACUACUUCGACGCCAGCCUCCACACCCUCGACUUCCUCGCCGCGCUUGACAAGGCCCUCCGCCGGGCCCGCGACUCGCAGCUCGUCCUGCACCUCGCGCUCCAAGUCCAGGAUCCGGCGGUCCGGCCCGGGCGCGUGCUCGGCGCGCUGCGGCGGUUCAAGGAGGCGGCCGGCGGCGAGCCGUUCACGGACGAGUUCUUCGCCGCGUUCCAGGCUGCGUACCGGCAGCAGCUGGGCAUGCUGGACAGGCUGCGGCGGCAGAAGCGCCGCCUGGACGGCCGCCUCCGGUCGCUCCGCGUCUGGCGCCGCGUGACCGGCGUCGUCUUCGCGACCACCUUCGCGGCGAUCCUCGUCUGCUCCGUGGUGGCCGCGGCCAUCGCGGCUCCGCCCGUGGCGGCCGCGCUGGCGGCCGCGGCGUCGCUGCCCGUGGGCUCCGCCGGGAAGUGGGUGGACGCGAUGAUGAAACGGUACCGGGACGCGCUCCGGGGGCACAAGGACGUGGUGGGCGCAAUGCAGGUCGGCACGUUCGUCGCCAUCGAGGACCUGGACAGCAUACGCGCGCUCGUCGGCCGGCUCGAGGUCCAGAUCGGCUCCAUGGUGGACUGCGCGGAGCUGGCGGAGCGCGACGAGGAGGCUGCGAGGUUGGCCAUUGAGGAGGUGAAGAAGAAGCUAGAGGCGUUCAUGAAAUGUGUGGAUGACCUGGGGCAGCAGGCGGACAAGUGUAGCCGGGACAUCCGGCAGGCCAGGACCGUCGUGCUGCAGAGGAUCAUUCAUCCCCAUUAACUGCUCAAAACCCAGGAGUAGACAUCAGAGAUGUGAUUCGUGAUUCAUUUCACUAACAUUCAAUUUAGCCUCGUUUAGUAUAUUUUGUGGUUUCAAGCGGCAUAUACAUUAAAAUAAUUGAAUUUUUUUAUUCGGCAAACAUUCGCCAUAUAGGA